AUGGGACCCUUAGGGUGCAUGUUACCCCUUCCCAAGGACAGUCCCACUCCGGAGGAGUCGAAAGACACCUCAACGCCCCCAAGAUGGUUAACCAAGUAUCGCCUUCCUCCUCCUCGAAAGCUUGGUUCUUGGGAGUUGGGAUCAGAUGAGUCUGUGGUGCCGCCGGAGUUGAUAGAUUCCUCAGGUUCUGCAGCCAGUGUACAGGCUCCUCAGAGUAACAGCAAUCGAUAUCAACAGCAAGAGCAGUUACCACCGGUCAGACAACUACUUACACCAGUAUCUUAUUCCGACGUACCAAACUCCCACUACUAUUUCCCAGGACGCAGAAACUCUCCGCUGUACAGCAGCGGGACACAUGGAUCUUCUCCAACCGGUGAGGCCUACGAUGCACGCACCCUGACAACUAGGUAUCCAAGCUAUGGCCGCGUCUCAAGCCCAAUGAGACCACCGGUACCAGACUCUGUUGAACCAUCAUACGGACGCGGACAGUACCCAGCAUAUUCUCGAGAGCAGCUACCUCCGCUCUCCCAUGUUGGGUUAAGUCUCACGAGCUUGCCGUCCCACCAUUUUCCCGAUUACACGAGAAACAGCGAUGACGCACCUUUAACGCGUUACCACCAUAACCAGCUUCCGUUUGAACGAGACCUGCCUAAUUCUGAAGCAUCUCCAGUAUCCAAUACGUCCUCACUGGCUACUGAGACUGCUUUGCGCUCAGCUUCACCGACUAGCAAAAGUCAGCCUCGACUGGCUCAUGUGGUAGACGAGCGCUAUAUUGGGAGUGAGGGUCUAUGUUACAUAUACUCCGAUGGUACCCAUUGCCCUAAGCUGAUUGAUGGGGAGCUCGUCAAUGCCAACUGGGGGAUCACGAAAGCUGGUAAGCCAAGGAAGCGGUUGGCGCAAGCAUGUAUAACGUGCAGAGAUAAGAAAAUCAAAUGCAUCCCGAACGUUCCCAAGUGUGAUCAGUGCCAGAAGUCAGGGAGAGAGUGCAAAUUUGAAAAUGCGCCUCGUGGAAACCAAGCUGCGAAGGCUUUGCAACAAUUGCCCAUAGCUUCUGAACAGACAGUGGAUCGCCACGGCUCAUCAACAGUAUCGACGAUAUCCCAUAACCAACGGACGGAUUACCCGGCGAGUGGAUACUCAACAUCAAGUUUGUCCAUCGGGAGCCCGCGUGAUUUGAUGUCAACUUCUAGCCAUUCGAACGACUCAGGUACAACGAUGCACGAAAUGGCAGGCCCAUGUCUAGACUUUAACAGACCUCUAAAACGGAGACGGCGAUCCUCCGCGAAUGCCAUUGACCACGCUGGGCACAAUCCUAAACCAAACAAAGAUAUGACAACGGCUUCUGAUUCACACACCGUGGUUGAUAUUUUGUCGGACAUGGCUGCCAUGGACCUCCACGAUCCGACGCUAUCGGAAUGGGAAACAGACCCUUACCAAAACCACCCCGAAUCAACCAUGCACUAUGUCGAUAGGUAUUUCAAAUAUGUUAACGGUGCAACCUACUGUAUAUUUCCUCGAGAACCAUUUAUUAGAUGGCUCAGGUUUUGUGUGAAUAAAUCUCUUGAUGACAAAAUGUUGUUGUAUGCUAUGCUUGCUAUGGGUGCUAUUUUCGGCAACAGCAAGGAGCACAGAGCAGAUGCAAUGAGGUUUGCGAGAAUAGCAAGACAUGCUGUGGAGAAGAGUCAAAAUAGCCCGACUUUACAUCUAGCUCAAACUCGAAUUAUCCUUGGCAUGUGGCAUUUCACAAUCGGCGCAUCCGCGACAGCGUCUGAUUUUACGGGCUCUGCAAUGCGGACUAUAUGUGGGCUGAAACUUAACGUUGAACAUGGGGCUUCAACAUCCGGGAGUUCGCCUGAGUGGGACGAGUUUUUCCAGGCUGAAACCAUCCUAGAGUGCCAGAGGAGGACCUUUUGGGCUGCUUUCCUUAUGGAUAGACAUACCUCCCUUGAAGCCCACUUCCCUACGGUGCUCAAGCCACAAGAUAUCUUCCUGCGAUUACCAUUAAGGGAAGACUGGUAUGAGAGUCAAAAAUGGGCUAAUAUGCCCUACUUCGAAAAUGGUAUCAUACUCUCAGAUGUCUCUCUACUGGAGGAAAGGAAUGCGCUUGAUCCGAUGGCUUUCUUGGUUGAGGUUUCUGCCAUUUGGGGGGAUGUGCUUGAGCAUAUUUAUCGUUCUACCUAUGUCUCAUCUCCAAAUUACGAGGUGCGGUUCGGAGAAUUCUACGAUUCAACCGUGAAGCGUACCGAUAAAUGGCUUGCUAGUCUCCCACAGUACUUCUCCUACAAUGUUCGAAAUCUGGAACUGAGCGUCCAGGCCGGAAAAGCAGAUGUAUUUGUCAGUGUGCAUAUCUUGUACCACGCAACCAUGAUGAGAUUGAACCGGUAUGCUCGCUACGAGGACCUACCGUAUCAUAUAGUUGAGCGAAAUGUCCGCCGUUCCCACCAGCACUCCAUCGACGUCCUCCGCAUCGCCUUUGAUCUCAGCCAAUUCCUGAAUACUAGCAAUAAAAGUAAAAGCAGCUCAUCGACUACAAAAACCACCUUUUCCACCCCCCUGACAGGAAAUGCCAUACUAUCAGCCACUGAUGUCCUCUCUGCCGGUGGCUCCAUUCGUGAAGCACCAUACUAUCUCCAACUAAUAAGUGCUGGCAUGGACCUGACUGCUGAAGUUGCACGGUUCUGGCACAGCGCACGCGAGCAGCUACGAAUUAUGGAACUGCGCGUGGGGAAGGUAACGGACGCCAUUCGUGCACAUGGCUUACAGGGCGAGAAGCGUGGAUUUGCCGUCCAGGGACUCCCGCUAGAUCUCAUUCUAGUGGAUAAACUAAUGCCUAACAAUGAGGCUCCCGGUGCCCAUGCUGCACCUACGAAACCUUCGAAAAUGCAAGGGAGUACCAACCCUUCGAUCACAGCUAAGAGAGGCGAUUUGGUCUAUUGUCUUACGCGAGACGAAUAUUUUCGUGCGCUUGGACUCAACGACAUUUCGGUGCAGAGGGGUGAGGUGUUGUGGAUUUCCUGCGAGGUUGAAAAAUGA